GAUCCCAACGCCCCCAAGCGUGGUCUUUCCGCCUACAUGUUCUUCGCCAACGAGCAGCGUGAGAAGGUGCGAGAGGACAAUCCCGGCAUCAAGUUCGGCGAGGUCGGCAAGAUGCUCGGUGAGAAGUGGAAGACUCUCUCCGAAAAGCAGCGCGCUCCCUAUGAGGCCAAGGCUGCGGCCGACAAGAAGCGCUACGAGGAGGAGAAAGCUGCCUAU